AUGGAGACCGACGACUGCGAGGACCAACCAAUCACUCUGGAGCUGCGGCUCCAGCUCACCUUUCGGAUGGAGACAUCGAGCAGGGCGGGGCCCCCUCCCUUUCCUGGGUUCCCCACGCCCUCUGCCUGGCCCGCGCCCCGCACAGAUCUCUCCUGUGAUGCAGCUGCUGCCACCAUCCCGAGAGGGGACCAGCGGGAGCCCCAUGCCCUGACCCCAAGGCCCAGCCCCCUGGCCCUCACAUUCCUGCCCAGCAAGCCAGGCACCCGGCCCCAGCCUGAGGGAGCCAGCUGGGAUGCAGGACCUGGAGGGGGCCCCUCAGCCUGGGCAGACCUGGCAGAGGGUGGCCCGAGCCCAGUGCUGCUCCCUGAGGGCCUGCCCCCCGAAGCUCUGCCCUCCGAGGCUCCCCUCCCAGCCACCCUGGAGCCUCGGAUUGUGAUGGGUGAGGAGACGUGCCAGGCCUCCUCAUCGCCCAGGGCAGCCCGGCCAGCGCUCAGGGACCGGGAGGGUGGGCACCCCGGCUUGCACCCACCCCUCAAGUUGUGUUCUCAGGGUAAUCCUCCUGUGCCUUCCCCUCCCCCAGAGCCUGAUUCCUACUUCACGCCUCCCUCCACCCCCACCAAGACCACCUAUGCCCUGCUCCCUGGCCACGGGCCCCACAGGGACACAAGAGACUCAGAGGCUGAGUCGCUGGACUCACCACCCGCCUCGCCCUCCGGCUCCUACAUCACAGCCGAUGGGGACAGCUGGGCCUCAUCACCGUCCUGCUCCCUCAGCCUGUUGGCUCCAGCCGAAGGGCUGGACUUCCCCUCAAGCUGGGGCCUCUCCCCACCAGGGUCGGUGGCGGAUGAAGGAGAGCUGCACUGUGCCGGGCCCCCCUCCUCCGAGUCCAGCCUCUCAGCAGACAGUGGCUCUUCCUGGGACCAGGAGGGUCACUUCUUCGACCUGGACUUCCUGGCCAAUGACCCGAUGAUCCCCGCAGCCCUCCUGCCCUUCCAGGGCAGCCUCAUCUUCCAGGUGGAGGAGGUGGAGGUGACACCACUGCCCCAGGAGGAGGAGGUGGAGGAGGCGGCUCCCACCCCGGAUGGGGACCUGGCCGGGGAGGGUGAGGAGGACAGCACGUCCGCGUCCUUUCUGCAGUCACUGUCUGACCUGUCCAUCGUGGAGGGUGUGGACGAGGCCUUCGCCUUCCGGGACGACACCUCGGCGGCCUCCUCUGACUCAGACUCGGCCUCCUAUGCGGGGGCGGACGAUGAGCGGCUGUACAGCGGGGAGCCCCACGCCCAACCCACCGCCCUGCUCCAGGACAGCAUCCAGAAGACAGAGGAGAAGCGCGGCAAUGGGGCCGAGGGACCGCAGGCUCGGGAGGGGGCCGUGUCCUGGGGCCCAGAGGAGGCCAUUCCUCAGGUCUCAGAGGGAGAGGCCCAUCUCAGCCAAAGCUGGGAACCAGUCAAGGACAGAACGGAAGAGGGCCUCACUUUAGGCCAGGAGUCCACUGCAACUGUGACCCCUCACGGUCUGCAGGCAGCCCCAGGCCUCCAGAUGGAGGCGGCUACCAGGGUGGCCCCCGAGGCUGGGGAGGAAGAAGUGGACUCACCCGCUGGACAGGCGCCUGCUGCCGGGGCAAUGCCUCAGCCCUCCCAGGAGGGUGCAGGUCCCACGUUAGGCCAAGGGCCUGUCGCUGCAGAGAUGCCUCCAACUCCACAGGAAGAAGCAAGCCACAGACGCCCGGGCUGUCCUCAGAAUCUGAAGGAGGAAGGAAGGCCCGGCCUCCCCUCAGGCCCGGAUCCUGUUGCUGCGGCCACACCCGUGCCCCAGCAGCCUGAAGGGGCUCUCGGCUUACCCCAGGACUCUGCUGUGGCAGCACCUCUGUCCCUGCAAGACCCGGGCCUUGCCUCAGGCUGGGAGCCUGUAGCUGCUGCCAUCCCUCAGGCCUUGCAGGCAGAAGCAAGCUACUCCCCAGGGACAGUGUCCUCAACCUUCCUUGCUCUGCAGGAAGUAGAUAUGGCCUUAGGACUAAGGCCAGCACCCGAGGAAAGAGUCGCAGCCCUCCCUGGAGUCCCAGAGCCUCCAGCCGUGGACCAGGUCCACCAGGAUGACCCACAGCCAGCCACAGAAGCUGGGACCCCUCAGGCCUCAUGGGAAGAUGCGGGUCUCACCUUGGGCCUGGUGGCCCCUGAUCUCCCUGAGCCUGCCUCUGGCACUGGAAAGGAAGUAGCCCAUCCUCCUGAGCCCGCCUGUGACUCUGGGGAGGAAGUGGCCCAUCCCCCUGAGCCCACCAUUGACUCUGGGGAGGAAGUGGCCUGUCCCGCUGAGUCCACCUCUGGCACUGGGGAGGAAGUGGCCUGUCCCCCUGAGCCCGCCUGUGACUCUGGAGAGGAAGUGGCCCAUCCCCAUGAGCCCACCUGUGACUCUGGGGAGGAAGUGGCCUGUCCCGCUGAGUCCACCUCUGGCACUGGGGAGGAAGUGGCCCGUCCCCCUGAGCCCGCCUGUGACUCUGGAGAGGAAGUGGCCCGUCCCCCUGAGCCCGCCUGUGACUAUGGGGAGGAAAUGGCCCGUCCCCCUGAGCCCACCUGUGACUCUGGGGAGGAAGUGGCCUGUCCCCCUGAGCCCACCUGUGACUCUGGAGAGGAAGUGGCCCGUCCCCCUGAGCCAACCUCUGGCACUGGGGAGGAAAUGGCCCAUCCCCCUGAGCCCACCUGUGACUCUGGGGAGGAAGUGGCCCAUCCCCCUGAGCCCACCUGUGACUCUGGGGAGGAAGUGGCCCGUCCCCCUGAGCCCACCUGUGACUCUGGGGAGGAAGUGGCCCGUCUCCCUGAGCCCGCCUGUGACUCUGGGGAGGAAGUGGCCUGUCCCCCUGAGUCCACCUCUGGCACUGGGGAGGAAGUGGCCUGUCCCCCCGAGCCCACCUGUGACUCUGGAGAGGAAGUGGCCUGUCCCCCUGAGCCCACCUGUGACUCUGGAGAGGAAGUGGCCCAUCCCCCUGAGCCCACCUGUGACUCUGGAGAGGAAGUGGCCUGUCCCCCUGAGCCCACCUGUGACUCUGGAGAGGAAGUGGCCCAUCCCCCUGAGCCCACCUGUGACUCUGGAGAGGAAGUGGCCUGUCCCCCUGAGUCCACCUCUGGCACUGGGAAGGAAGUGGCCUGUCCCCCUGAGCCCACUUGUGACUCUGGGGAGGAAGUAGCCCAUCCCCCUGAGCCCACCUGUGACUCUGGAGAGGAAGUGGCCUGUCCCCCUGAGUCCACCUCUGGCACUGGGAAGGAAGUGGCCUGUCCCCCUGAGCCCACUUGUGACUCUGGGGAGGAAGUAGCCUGUCCCCCUGAGCCAACUUCUGGCACUGGGGAGGAAGUAGCCUGUCCCCCUGAGCCAACUUCUGGCACUGGGGAGGAAGUAGCCCGUCCCCCUGAGCCCACCAUUGUUGACUCUUGGGAGGAAGUGGCCCAUCCCCCUGAGCCUGCCUCUAGCACUGGUGAGGAAGUAGCCAAGGGCCUUUCUGUGCCUGAGCAGGAAGCGUGUCUCAAAGCCAGCUUGCACAUAGGCGAUAGGGCCGAGCCCCACUCGGCCCCAGAGGAGGCCCUGGGGACUGAGAACCGGAUGGGAGCAGGCCCCGAGCCAUCAGUGCUCCUGAGUGCAGGAGAGGCUCUCGAGGUACAUCCUACUGCCUGUCCCAAGGUCAGCCACGUGCAGCCGCUGAGCCCAGCUGGGGAGGGAAGAGGCCUAAGCAGCGAGGCCACGGUGGGACCCGGGCUUCCCACAGAUGUGGCCACAGAGACCGGUCUGGGCUCCUGCCCAGCGUCUUCAGCAGGGGCUGCAUCCAGGCUGGACAGGGGCUGCCCUGAAGAGCCUGUCCCCACAUCUGCACCACCCUCCUGGCAGCCGGAGCCUGUGCCAGGCCCGGGCAGUGGAGAGCAGCCCCAGGCAGCACCCAGUGUCCUCAGCCCCUCCCCACUGCAGCCCCCAGAAAACCCUGCCAGGAACCUGCCCAGCUCACCCCAGGACAGGCUCCCAAGUCCUGACACCCCUGCUCCUGGUGUUCUUGCCCGGGUAGCCCCGCCCCCCUUGGGGUCCCCAGUCCUCUGCCUGUGCCAGGAUCCCCAGGAAGGCUCCAUGGAGGACGAGGAGCUCCCAGGCUCUCCGGGCCUCCCACUGCCUCGGGUAGGAGCCCAGCAGGCCACUGCUGCUGUCUCAGGAACCAUGCAGCCUCUGGGGGCUGGGCAGCGGGUCAGCCUCUUGCCCCAUUCCCCCCUCCUCAUCCCCAAGGAGGCCCCCAAGGAUGCCAAAGACCUGGCCUCACAGAUGUCAGCCCCCUGCCAAGUGCCUCCUCGCUCUGGAACCCAGAGCCCGCCUGGCCCUCAAGGGCUCCCCGCCCCCGAGCAGCAAGAGGACGAGGACAGCCCGGAGGAAGACUCAACGAGGGCCCCAGGCUCGGGCCAGCACUCAGAGAGCCAUGGGGAAUCAUCGGCUGAGCUGGACGAGCAGGACAUCUCAGCACCUCAGACCACCCAGUGCCCAGCCCAGGCCCCGACAGGCGGCAGCGAGGAGACUAUCGCCAAAGCCAAGCAGAGUCGCAGUGAGAAGAAGGCCCGAAAGGCGAUGUCGAAGCUUGGCUUGCGGCAGAUUCAGGGAGUCACCAGGAUCACCAUCCAGAAGUCCAAGAACAUCCUCUUUGUCAUUGCCAAGCCCGAUGUCUUCAAGAGCCCAGCCUCGGACACCUAUGUGGUCUUUGGUGAGGCCAAGAUCGAGGACCUGUCCCAGCAAGUGCACAAAGCUGCAGCUGAGAAGUUCAAGGUGCCCUCAGAGCCCUCAGCCCUAGUCCCUGAGUCAGCGCCCAGGCCCAGGGUGAGGCCAGAGUGCGAGGAAGAGGAGGAGGAGGAAGAGGUGGAUGAGGCAGGGCUGGAGCUGCGUGACAUUGAGCUGGUGAUGGCCCAGGCCAACGUGUCCAGGGCCAAGGCUGUGCGUGCCCUGAGGGACAACCACAGUGACAUUGUCAAUGCCAUUAUGGAACUGACGAUGUAGCCGCUGACAAAGAAGCUGGGUCCAUCCUGCCCUUCCCUCAGCUCUGCUGCUUAAUAAAGCAGUGCCCUUCACUGCU